AUGGGACGACAGGCACCAGGGUCGUUCCAGGACCUGCCACAGGAGAUCCAAGAUAUGAUCUUUGUGUUGCUGUCGAGGCAUGAUGCCGCGGUGUGUGCGUUGGUCUGUCAGGCGUGGUUUGAGAUCUUUGCUCCCGUUUUCUUGGAUUCUCUUGUUUCGACGUCUCCGGCUGGUGCUGGACUUGGCGAUGGUGGUGAUGUUGUCGUUGGAGGAGGAGGAGGAGGAGCCUGGCAGGAGGUGAGGACGGUUCUGGAUGCGUAUCAGCGAAUGACAACAUGGCUUCUUUCUCAAGGUCAGGAAGGCGGGAAGAACGGGAGCGAUACAGCGCAGCAGGGCGCUCAUGACGAAGUCAGCGCUAAUACAGGAAAGUCAACAAUGGGCAGAGGACUACUGCAGGCGUCAGAGCCAGUCAUACCGGUGAUUUCGAGAGAUUCAGUGGAGCAGGUGCUCAGGAACAGUGACGGUCUUCAGGAGCAGGACAAGGAAACUACCACCCUUUUGUCGCUUCUGGAACGCCGCUCUUCCCCUUCCACGCCACCAUUCACUUCUUCCUCUCCGUCGUCAUCAUCUUCGCCGCCACUGUCACCAUCGAUUCAGGACGAAGUUGAAUUGCAUCUGGGUCGAGCUGCCGCCAUUUCCAUGAUGUCACGGGACCCUGCCAGUGUGCUGGGUUCUCUUCCGGCAACGCUUUGGAGGCUUGUUUUGGAGGCUGUCGAGGAUGAGCAGGUGACGGUCUUCAUUCCCUUCCUCCGUCAAUUCUACAACCUCAUCGAAAUCCAUCUCUGUCUCCCAGUAACCAUGCGGUCUUACAUCAAAGAGAUCGCUGAGACUCUAUCAACAUCCUGCCCCGCGUUGAAUGUCGGAGUCUUUGGAGGCCAGGACCUGGACUUGACAGAUCAGGAACUGGCGACGUUGAUCGGAUCGAGCGCAGGUGGGUGGAGGAUUUUGGCGGCUGAUACACAUUGUAUUUUUGGGCCCUUGUCUGCAGCCGCUGUGGUGGUGGGGGGUCGCCAUGCGAGGACGUUGGAGAAUUUCCGGGUUACGACAGGGAGCCUUGAUUUUCCGAGCCCGAUGAUUCAAGAACUGUUGUGUGCUGCAACCAGGUUGAAGCGGUUUGAGGGACGGUCGUUUCACCGGGAUUGGGCGCCCAUGAUCCAUAUCUCGGCCAAGGAUCUGGUGCAAGGAGAGUGGGCGUGCAAGGAUCUGGAGACGUUCCAUUGCGCGAUCAAGGAUAUCCCACGGCCCGACAUCAAGACCCGGAAGAAUGGACGACCGCUCGUAGGUCGAAUGCAUCGGGGCGACUCGAUGGAGGAAAGUUUCCGGCUCCAGCGAUUGGUGUAUGAGCAGUUGGGACGGUUGAGGAAGUUGAGGGAGUUGGUGUUGGGGUACCGGUCUUGUGAUGGCGAUGAGCGGUUUGGUGGGUUUGUCACGGAUGAGGAUUUGGGGUGGGAGCAGGGGAUUACUGAAGCCGAUUACUAUUCUGCCGACAGUCCUAUUAGCUCCAGCAAUAUCAAGGACGGAGCUGGCAGCGACGUAGAUGAAGGCAACGAGCAGGAUGAGGAAGAUGAGGAUAUGCCGACAAGGCUGCUGUACGACUGUUUGGCUAUGAGUCUUGAGAGCGGGUUGGAGCUCCUGAGAGGGUUAACAGAACUGAAGUGGUUAUCGUUAGAAGGGACUAGUCACUGUGUGAAGGAGGUCGAAAGGAAAUGGAUGGCAAACCAGUGGCCGGGGCUGUUUCUGGAGGACGAAUUAGAUGAGGGGGAUGGUCGUGGAGGAAGUGGUAGAGGUGGGGUUUUGAGGGAUGUGUUUUGGAAGAGGUUUAUGAUCUGUGGGUACCAUGCUACUGAGCCAUGGUAUAAUAACUGGGUGGACAUCGAGGCCAACACGUGA